GCCUUGCCCCGCGUUUUUGUUCAUUUUUUAGCGUUUUGCAAUUUUUAAUAUUUUUCGGCGGGGRAAGGUGUUAUUUUUUUGGUGCCCUUUUUUCGGGGGUGGCGGCCGCGGGCGCGCAGCCCGGCGCGGAAGAUGGAGGCGGUGAUCGAGAGGGAGUGCGGCGCCCUCGGCGGCCUCUUCCAGACCAUCAUCAGCGACAUGAAGGGAAGCUACCCAGUGUGGGAAGAUUUUAUAAAUAAAGCUGGGAAGYUGCAGUCUCAGCUUCGGACUACAGUAGUAGCAGCUGCUGCCUUCUUGGAUGCCUUUCAGAAAGUGGCUGACAUGGCUACUAACACACGUGGUGGCACCCGCGAGAUCGGCUCCGCGCUGACCAGGAUGUGCAUGAGGCACAGGAGCAUCGAGUCCAAGCUGAGGCAGUUCUCCAGUGCUUUAAUUGACUGUCUGAUAAACCCACUUCAAGAGCAGAUGGAAGAGUGGAAGAAAGUGGCCAAUCAACUGGAUAAAGACCAUGCAAAAGAAUACAAAAAAGCCCGCCAAGAGAUAAAAAAGAAAUCGUCUGACACGCUGAAGCUGCAGAAGAAAGCCAAGAAAGCUGAGGCUCUGGGACGGGGUGACAUCCAGCCCCAGCUGGACAGCGCUUUGCAGGACGUCAAUGAUAAGUACCUGCUGCUGGAGGAGACGGAGAAGCAAGCUGUGAGGAAGGCCCUCAUCGAGGAGCGCGGCCGCUUCUGCACAUUCAUCUCCAUGCUGCGGCCCGUCAUAGAAGAAGAAAUAUCAAUGCUAGGAGAAAUAACACAUUUACAAACCAUAUCAGAGGACCUCAAAAGUCUCACCAUGGAUCCACACAAAUUGCCAUCUUCAAGUGAACAGGUAAUUUUAGAUUUGAAAGGUUCUGAUUACAGCUGGUCUUAUCAGACUCCUCCAUCCUCUCCCAGUACGACCAUGUCCAGAAAAUCUAGUGUUUGCAGCAGUCUGAACAGCGUUAACAGUAGUGAUUCCCGCUCCAGUGGCUCGCACUCGCACUCACCCAGUUCACACUAUCGCUAUCGCAGCUCCAAUCUGCCUCAGCAGGCACCCAUGAGGCUGUCCAGUGUGUCCUCCCAUGACUCUGGAUUCAUGUCCCAGGAUGCUUUCCAGUCCAAAUCGCCAUCCCCUAUGCCACCAGAAGCACCUAACCAGUUGYCUAAUGGGUUUUAUCACUGUAGUUUAUCGAGUGACCCAUCCGUAGCCUCAGUUGGUGCAGGUCCUUUCCCUCAUUUCCCGCCUGUCUCCCGCGCGUGGACUCGGGCUCCCUCCGCCCUCCUUCCAGACUACGCUCAUUAUUACACCAUUGGGCCAGGCAUGUUGCCAUCAUCUAAGAUCCCUAGCUGGAAGGACUGGGCCAAGCCGGGCCCCUACGACCAGCCCGUGGCGGCGCCGGGGCUGCAGCGGCGCAAGGAUAGUUGGGCGCCGCAGGGCUGGGAGGGCGGCGGGCCCUGCGUGGGAGGCAGGGGGUUGAGGGCGGCGCGCGCCGCGCGAGCCCCGCGCCGGUAACGUGUCCCCCGCGCGCGGCAGGGCGAGGAGAUGGAGGCGUGCGAGGAGCUGGCCCUGGCGCUGAGCAGAGGCCUCCAGCUGGACACGCAGCGCAGCAGCCGCGACUCCCUGCAGUGCUCCAGCGGCUACAGCACGCAGACCACCACGCCGUGCUGCUCCGAGGACACCAUCCCCUCGCAAGUUUCAGAUUAUGAUUAUUUCUCUGUGAGUGGUGACCAGGAGGCAGAGCAGCAGGAGUUUGACAAAUCUUCCACCAUCCCAAGAAACAGUGACAUCAGCCAGUCUUAUCGCAGAAUGUUUCAGACCAAGCGUCCUGCCUCCACUGCAGGUCUGCCGAGCGCGCUGGGACCCGGCGCCGCCCCCCCCGGCGUGGCCACCAUCCGGCGGACGCCUUCCACCAAGCCCUGCGUGCGACGCGGCACCAUCGGCGCCGGCCCCAUUCCCAUCAAGACGCCCGUGAUCCCCGUCAAGACGCCCACGGUGCCCGACGUGCCGGGAGGGCUGCCCGGAGCGGCGGCCGGCGCCGAGGAGGGCGCCGAGCAGAGCCCCGAGGGCGGCACCAUCGCGCCCUGCCCCUCGUGGGGCGGCCAGGCGGCGGCCAACGCGCCCGGCCACAAACUGAGCGCGGCCGAGGAGCCGCCGCGGCCGGCGGCGGCCGAGCAGGGCGAGCAGGGCGAGCGCCAGGACGGCGGCGACGACGAGGGCGACGAUGCCGCGCGGGGGCAAGACAUGCUGCACGCCAUCCGCCGCGGCGUCCGCCUCAAGAAGACCACGACCAACGACCGCUCCGCGCCGCGCAUCUCCUAGGGGCCGCGGCGCCACGGACGCUGCGGGACGGCCCGUGCGGCGCCGCCCCUCCCGGUCCCAUCAGUGAAAUUGGGUUCUUUUUGUAGGAAACUCGCUAAUAAGUCUGAGAGUACUAAAGGAAAACAAGGUGAAAGAAAGAGCGUAGUGAGACGUCAUCUUCGCUGGUGUUUUAAUUUGUAAAUAUCAACGAUUUUGUUGCUGCAUUUUUUUGGGAUCUAAGUUACACUUUUAAUUUUCUCUGAAGGUGCCAAAUCCCAUUUACCUUUUUUAUAACUCUUUGUAAAGUUUUGACUCAUAGGAGAAAAAAAAAAACACAAAUGUUGAGUAGUUAACUUCUUCAGCAAAGGGAUUUAAUGAAUUUGGCUUUUUUUGCAAGCUUUUGUAGAGCGCCUUGUAAUAGUGAGGUUAAAAAGAAAAACAGCGGGACUUAUUUUCAAGUUUAAGUCGAGCAGUAAGGAAUUAGAUCCUCAUUUAAGUAUUAAGAUGUUUGAAAAGCAGGAAAAAUUAAAAAAAAUGAUAAUAAAAGCAAUAUAUAAUGCAAGGAAGAAUCCUGCAGUUGGUGUAAAGUAUUGGGGGUAGUGGGGGGAGGGAGAUGCCAUCGAAUUAGCAGCUGCUGUUGCACAAAGGUAGGCUAGUAGGGUUAAUUACUAGUAGCUUCAUGGUAAAUGCAUCAGAAUAAGCCAUACUGGGUUGCAGUGUUUUGUUCCGUAGGGUGUUUCGAAGCCUUCUGGGGGUUUCUUUCCGCGUUUCUUUGCGACUGCACAGCGCAGCUCUCAGCCCCGGGCACGCAGCCCCCGCGGGCCGGCCCGGCUCCGGCGCCGGCUCCGGCUCCGGCUGCUCCCCRUCCCUUCACCCAGGACCUGCUCGGUCGACAGGCUCAAGGCGGUUACAGCGUGAAAGCGGUUUUCCAAAAAAUGCAGGCAGGGAGUUCAUAGCUGUUAUCAUUAUCCAAAUGCCUUCCUGUGUGAGCGUGCCCAGCAGGCUGGGCGCCCUGGAAAACCCAAAUAUUUUACGAAAACUGGUACCCAUGUGACAGGCGGAACCAGCUGGUCUUCUAAGAAACCGCGAAUGUCUCUUUCCAAUACAGGGGCUUGUUUUUCUAACCUCCUUUUAAAUGGCAGUCGAUUGGCUUUUAUUAAAUAAAACAAGGGGUUGGGGGUGGCGGGGGGGAGAGAAACUCUUUUUUAUUUGAUGUUCGGGGAGUCCAACCACUCUGUCCUUGUUUUUUUGGGGAAUUUUGAGUCCGUGUUUUUUGGAAGCUGUUGAUAGAACUGCUAAGAGUUAGGUUUUUCUUUGAAAUACCAGCAAGCUGUGGCCGCGACAGCCGCCCCCCGAGGCCCAGGGAAAGGGGCAGGGCCCAGGCAGGCUCCGGAGCGCUGCCUCGGGCUGCCCCAGGGGCCGGCGCUCCCCCAGGGCUCCGCACCUUCCCCCUGGCUCCCCACGUCCCCCACAACCUCKUCUGCUUUCAUACAUAACUGCCCUGGACGUGAAACUUCUCGUAACUGUGUGCUCGCUGUGGUCGGUAGGACAUUUUACACUGCUGUGGUUGCAAACAUUAUUUUUUG